AUGCAACGGAGUACGAGUUAUUCCUACCCGUCCAACAUGGCAGGAAACACCAGAUAUGCUUCUACACACGCCAGCAGUUCGGCCUUCAGUGCGUCUGCCAAUCCCAACGAAGACUGGACUAAGAUAUCCGACCUCGCUGAAAGGCGGCGAAUCCAAAAUCGCAUUGCUCAGCGGAAUUAUCGAAAAAAGCUCAAGAGAAGACUGGAAGAUUUGGAGCGCCGUGCCGGAUCUUCAUCUGCUUCUCCUGAACAGUCUCAUUCGGAACUCGCUACUCCACCUCCGAGGGAGUCGACCCAGGCAAAGUCUCAAUCUAUGGCCCGGCAAACAUCAAGAUCGAGCGUAUCUCAAGAUUUGCAGAGAGGUUCGCCAGAAUUACUACCCCUAGACGACCAUUCGUCGCUAUUCGAUACUCCAGCAGCACGCCAUCUCUCCAUUAACUCUACUCCACAAUUUACCUUCUCUUCAUAUCCACCCACUACCAGCUAUCUACAGUACGAACAACAGCAUCCCGUGACCUACGACACUCACCCUGGCUACUAUUCAACUUAUUCUUAUCCUGCCGAUCUCACUCCUUCAACUCUGCCACCAACGUUACCGACGAUGAUUCCGUCGACGUAUGUGAAGCAGGAGCAUCUCUUUGCAGAUGACGACUUGAUGAGCCCGUUCAGCAUGAACUAUGCUUCGCUAGCUGGUCUAGAAGUGCCCUCCAAUCAAGCCUAUUCCGGGGCCAACUCCCAUGUAAAUCCCACCGCUUUCUUCUCUCGUUCAUAUUCAAGCCCACAUUUUUGA